AUGGUCGAAAUUGGAAACAAAUUGAAAGCUCUGAAAGUUACAGUAGAUGAAGCCAUGAUGGUGCACUUUGCUCUUAACUCCCUGCCUAGCAUUUAUAGGCAUUUGAAAACUAGUUACAUUACUCAAAAGGAAAUAUGGAUAGUGGCUGAUCUAAUAGGAAUAUGUGUGCAGGAAGAACAAAGCAUUAGGAAUGAUAAUGCAAAGGAACAUGUGAAUCUGGUGCAGGAUUUUAAAGGCAAGCCAAAGGAAGGAUAUAAAUCCAAAUAUGCAAACAAAAAGCAGAAGAAUGAUGAAACUGCCAAAGGGACAGGUCCAGUAGGUCUGAAAUGUUUUUUCUGCAAAAAGUUUGGUCACAUGAAGAGGGAUUGUAGAAGGUACAAGCGUUGGCUGGACAAGCAAAAGGCUAAAGGUAAGAAAAACUCAGUUUCUGUGGUUUAUGAAUCAAAUUCACUUGAGAUUUUAUCCAAUACAUGGUGGUUAGACAGUGGUGCAACAUUUCAUGUAACAAAUUCCUUGCAGGGGUUCAAAACAAAGAGAGUGCCAAACAAGGAUGACUUGAAGGUGUUCGUGGGAAAUGGAGAAAGAGUUAAAGUAGACUUUAUUGGUUUAGUUAAUCUAGAGUUGCAAUCUGGUUUUUGUUUGGAAUUAGAUGAUGUCGUUUAUGUUCCUACUAUGACAAGGAACCUUUUAUCAGUUAGUAGGCUUGUAAAAUCAAACUUACAUUUUGAGUUUGAUGAUUUUGGUUUCUCCAUUUCAAGAAAUAAAAGAGUUCUUGGUAAUGGCAUGAUUGUUGAUGGAAUGUUUCGUUUGAAUUGCAAACUACCAAAACAAGGCACUAAAAUGUUAAAUGUAAUAAGCACAAAACAGUUAAGCAAUUCAGAAUCAUAUACUCUUUGGCACAAGAGACUAGGACAUAUCUCAGAAGAAAGGAUGAAUCUCUUAAGCAAGCAAUCUAUGUUGCCACCACUUGACCACCUGAAAGGGAUAAAACAUGUAUUGAAUGUGCAAAAGGAAAGAUGA